UGCCCAAGUCUCGCACACACCCGGAAGUGCUGAAUGCUCGGCGCGCGCACAAGUGCGUUCAUUCCUGUGCCCCGGUCGGCAGUGGACGGAAGACAAGUGGACUUGUGGACUUGGUACUAUCAACAGCACCAUCAACACCGCACCGCAGCGGGCUGCUCAAACCGGAGGUAGUGUUGGCCGAUAGGAAAGGGUUGUGUAUGGAGCCCCUGCGAAACACUAGAACGUUUCCGAAGCGCUUCCGCCGAGACCGUAACCGUAGGCGCUAGUAGUCGAGUGCCCGUGAAGUGACGGAGCAAUGUUCAACAGUACGGGAUUUUUUUUUCCGACGGUGGUGUUACUGAGCAACAGUUUCGUGGACGUCCAGCCCCCUACGACCCCCGAGGCGGUUGGCACGACGGAAGCACCGCCCCACGAACCCCAGAACGAGAUGUGCCACGGGAUGUUCGAGUGUUUUCCGAUUGGACCGCCGUGGACGAGCGCCCGCCGGCCGAUCGCCCUGUACCCGGAGAAGCAGUCGAAGAUUGACGUGCGCUUCGCGGUCUUCAGUGGCCGCAACCGGACGUUCCCGGCAUUCCUCGACCUGGACCAGCUGGACAGCGUGCACCGGGCGAACAUCAACCCGAGCGCGAUGAUCUACGUCAUCACGCACGGGUUUCUCGAGUCCGGCAAAGCACGAUGGAUCGAGAAGCUGCUAAACUUGCUACUGGAUCGGGACCGAGACGCGACGGUGAUGGUGGUCGACUGGGGUAAGGGUUCCAACCCGCCGUACAAUCAGGCCUGUGCCAACAUCCGGCUGGUGGGGGUGAUAGCGGCACACGUCAUCCACAUGAUAUACGAAGAGCUCCCGUUGCCGAACCUGGACCGUGUGCACAUGAUAGGUCACUCGCUCGGGGCCCACCUGUCCGGGUACACCGGGCAAGCGCUGCGGGAGAAGUACCGAUUGCGGCUCGGGCGCAUUACCGGCCUCGAUCCGGCCGAGCUGGCGUUUACCGAAACCGACGAGCUGGUCCGGCUGGACCCCAGUGACGCCCAGUUCGUCGACACCAUCCACAGCGAUGCGACACCGUUCGUGCCGAAGAUCGGGCUCGGCCUGUACGAGCCGAUCGGGCACCUGGACUUCUACCCCAACGGUGGCUACAACCAGCCCGGGUGUCGGCGCGAGUUCUGGAAGCGCCCCAACACGCGCUUCGUCUCGGACAUGUUUCAGUUCUUCAGCUGCAGCCACUCGCGGGCCUACAUGUACUUCAUCGAGAGCAUCACCACGCCGCUGGUGACGGUGUCGUGCGACUCCUACGAGAGCUACCUGGCCGGCCGCUGCUUCGACUGCCGGCGCGAUGGUGCGCUGUGCGUCGGCUUCGGGCUCAACAGUGCCGCCGACUACCGGCGGUUGGUGGCGCUCGGUAGGUUAAACCCCACCCCGUACGCCCCGAUCCAGCUGUUCUUCCGCACCGGCGGCCAGGAACCGUUUCUGUUGCCGAACUUGAAGAUCGUCGCCAAGGUGUCGGAUGCGCCGGCGAGCGUAGCGCACGGACCGGAGAUAGGGCGGCUCGUCCUGUACCUGCACGCGGCGGCGGGUGGUUCGAAGUCGGACAAGAUCUACUUCAACGAACAGUCGAUGUUAUUCGAGCCCGGUUACAACUAUUCCACGAUCAUCGCCGGGUACAGCAUCGAUCGGCUCAGCGCCAUCACCGUGGGUUGGGAGUACGACACGAACCUGCUGAAUCCACUGACAUGGCGUCUGCUGUCGGCGCCGCGCGUCUUUCUCGAAUCCGUCACCGUGCAGGCGCUCGUCCCGCCUGGUGUGACGUUGCGCAUGUGCCCAGCAUCGCAGUCGCCCAUCACCACCAACGCCCACAGCCUGGUGUCCCAGCCGAACUGCAAACGAGCUCACCCAGCCACCUAGGAUACCUCGCGUCCCGUUUUCUCGUUACACAUAGGAAAUAGGAAUAUUCAUAUAGGUCUAUGCCAGGCGAUAGGGAUUAGCAUUAGCAGCAUUAGCAUUGGCAAAGCAAAGUAUUACACAUUAAUAAAAUCGUAAUAGUUUA